CCGAAUACGCGGGUACCCGCUCGCCAUGACGCUGCUGUGAACAUCAAUCUUCUAUUGUGUGCUCUGAGUUUUUCUUCGCGAUGAAUUCUGCAUCACGCAAUGGCAGAGCUAUGCGCUCUACUCUCGCUUGUUUGCCCUGUCGCUCGCGUCACCUCAAGUGCGACGGGGAGCGACCGUGCUGUGCCCGCUGCGCUGAGUUUGGGAAACAGUGCGGCUACACUGAGUCACGUCGAGGUGGCCUGAAUCGCGCAGCUUUGGCAGAGCGGCGCAAACGACUUGCCGCAACGAAAACUCCGGGAGCUGAUGCAUUGAGCCCGCAAAGACGCCCGAUCAUUCCACACGGGCCAGAAGUGAUACCUCAAUUCCUUCCAGAGGCAUCUAGUGGCUACGAUCUGCUCAACGAGACUAGCAUUGGCCGGGGCAGGCUUGAUAUGAACUCUCCAGCGGUGACCCAGAUUGACGUUGGCGAUAUCGAGAAAGAUUCCUUGAUCGACGCCUAUUAUGAGAGCUUCCACAGGCUCCAUCCGUUCCUUCCACCUCAACGGCACUUCACCCGACUCUGCGAGGAUUUGAGGCAACAGAUCAACUUCACACCACUCAUUGCUGUCAUGCGUUUAAUUGGACAUAUCUACAAAUCGCACGAAUGGUCAAUAACGCUCAAGGAUUAUGUUGAAAAAUGCUUUUCUCAAACUAGAGCGUCUGAUCCAAUCAUGGUUCAAUGCCGACUUUUAUAUUCGAUGGCUUUAUUCUGGUACGACUAUAAAGCUGAUGCGAAAGCGGAAAUCGACCAGGCAACCCGUUCCGCCACCGAAAUGCAGAUGUAUUUGCGAAGUUUUUCGGCGACACAUGGGGCCGACGAUCCAGUCUUUCAAGAAUGUUGGAGAAGAACAUGGUGGAUGCUCUACCUUGUGGACGGAUACUUCAGCGGAACCCUCGGAACCAUGAACUUCACAGUUGCGAGCAUUGACGCUACGGUAGACUUGCCAUGCGAGGAGUCAGAAUAUGAAUCGGGAAACAUACCCGUACCAAAAACGCUUCAAGAAUUUGACUGUCGCGAAUUUACCCAGGAGAUUAAUUUUUCAUCCUUUGCCUAUCUCACUGGCGCUGUGCGCUGCGCGGCAGCGGCGAUAUGCGCAGCGCCUAAAAUUGCAAAAAGGGAAGACUCAAUGCAUAUUAUUCAGACUGCAGACUCUUGUCUUGAUGGCUGGCGGCUUUUGCUACCAAAGAAUCAUAAGCAAGUCAUGAGCAAAACAGGAGAAGUUGAUGAACUUAUGUUUCAAGCACACAUGAUCAUCCAUGUUGCCACGAUUGGAUUGCACCGGCCGUUCUCCGAUCUUAAAUUUAACAUUGCGGAGGACAUUUCAAGCUGCGCUCGAGAACCACCUUUGGAUACACCUACACCCGAGCUCGUCAACAUGCACACAGUACGAGUCUUGCGGUCUGUGGAAGCACAAAUCCGCCUUUUGGCACUACCAAUCCGGAUAUUCCACCACACCCCUUUUACGACUUGCAUGGUCAGCGAAGGAACCCUGGCACUUCUCUCUGCCUGCAACUUUUUGUUCAAGGGUAGAGACUUGGCCACCGCAAGAGAUCAGAUUCGCAUGACUAUCGGUUGUUUGACAACAUUGGGUGAUAUUUGGCCGCGGACAGCUAGGAACGUACGAGAAAUACAGGCCAUCGCACAGCAUGUGUUAGGAAUGCGGUCUAGUGCUACAAGUAAAAGCAGCACUCCCAGCCUGGAUGCGGUUCCACUCACCUAUGGAGAUCUGAAUCAGAGAAGUCAUAGCUCAGACGGUGACUUUCAGAGCAACGAUACCGAGAUUUUUCCUUCUGUUCAUUCUAUUGAGGAUCUUUGUGGCUGGUAUAAUUUUGGGGAUCUGGCUGAACUUGAGCAUCCUGAAUAUUCCGAGGGGAAGGAUUGGUGAAUAACGAAAGGCUCGUGAUACUCUUGCUGCAUAAAUCUCGAUUUUUUCAUAGCUCUGAACGAGUGUUGUAGCCAUUUAAUGUGCACUACCUCCCUAGUGAUGUUGUGUUUAUCUAGCUGCUUGAAGGGAACCUUAUCUUUCUGUUUCCGAGUCCUGAGGUGAUGGGGAGGCGACGGCCAUACAGCUAAGCCUUUACUGCCUUAGCAAAGGUUAUGGUUUUAUCGCUAACUUCGUGACGGAUCUAUUACCUGUCACCUCGGACCCUUGCUGAUUCUCUCGGUCGAGCCGUCAAAGUUUUCGUCAACUUAGCUAGGUGCAUCUCGACUGAGAAAGCCUAC